AGAAUGAACCGAAGCAUUCCUGUGGAGGUUGAUGAAUCAGAACCAUACCCAAGCCAGUUGCUGAAAGCUAUCCCAGAAUAUUCCGUGGAAGAGGAAUCAGAACCUCCAGCUCCAGAUCUAAGGAACGCAGCGCCCGCCAGCUCAUCUGCACUCCAGACCCCUCAGUGUUCCUCAGGAGACUUCACUCAGGCUCCCCCACCUCUAAGACUUGCAAAUAUCCAGUGGUCUGUAUCCCAGCAGGCCACCCGCCUUCGCACUAAAGUCCUGGAAGAGAGUGAAGACAGCUUCUGCAGGAGACACUCAGUCCAGGGCAGCGGUGUUCCCUUGGGCUCCUCUGCAGCCAGGGAGCCUGAGUCAGAGUCUACGCCUAGAGCCCUCCUCCUAGGGAAUCAGUUUUCACUUAUGGGAAAACAUAGUCAAUGGCUGGGAUCUCAGCUUUCAGCAGCUUCUCCUGACACUGGCCAUGACUCAGACAAAUCAGACCAAAGUUCACCUGAUGCCUCAGCAAACUCCUCAGGCAACAGCCAAGAGAGAGUACAAAGGCCCCAGCACCCCAGGAACCCAGCAGCCCCAGAUCUGCCAACGAUAGACACUGGGUAUGAUUCUCAGCCCCAGGAUGUCCUGGGCAUCAGGCAGCUGGAACGACCUUUGCCCCUCACCUCUGUGUGUUACCCUCAGGACCUUCCCAGGCCACUCCGAUCCAGGGAGUUCCAUCAAUUUGAACCUCAGAGGUAUCCAGUGUGUGGACAGAUGCUGCCCCUCAACCAUUCCCCACAUGCUCAGUGGAAUUAUCAUUACCAUUGUCCUGGAGGUGCUGACCACCAGGUACCAUAUGGCCAUGACUACCCUCGAGCAGCCUACCAGCAAGUGAUUCAGCCAGCUUUACCUGGACCGCCCCUACCUGCAGGCAGCACGAGAGGCCCUCAGCCAGUGCAGAGGGUCAUGCUGAACUAUCCCCGCCCUGAGGACCAAGACAGGGGGCGGAUCCAGAGAGAGUACUCCACCCCAGGACCCCCAAGGCAUCAGAAUCAGCUAUAUAACCAGACUCCUAAUAGAGCCAGCACUCUUGAAGAGUCCUCAGAGUGGCCUGCAGACGUGAGACCUCAGGGUCCCCUGGCUCCGCCCCAAGAUGCUAUCCCGAGACCCCCUAGUAACCCUCCAGCCAAAGGAACUCUGAAAACAAGUAAUUUACCAGAAGAACUGCGGAAAGUCUUUAUUACAUAUUCUAUGGACUCAGCCAUGGAGGUGGUGAAAUUUGUGAACUUUCUGUUGGUAAACGGCUUUCAAACUGCAAUUGACAUAUUUGAGGAUAGAAUCCGUGGUAUAGAUAUCAUUAAAUGGAUGGAACGCUACCUUAGGGACAAGACCGUGAUGAUAAUCAUAGCAAUCAGCCCCAAAUACAAACAGGAUGUGGAAGGCGCUGAGUCACAGCUGGACGACGAUGAGCAUGGCUUACAUACUAAGUACAUCCAUCGAAUGAUGCAGAUUGAGUUCAUAAAACAAGGCAGCAUGAAUUUCCGAUUCAUUCCUGUGCUCUUCCCAAAUGCCAAGAAGGAACACGUGCCCACCUGGCUUCAGAACACUCACAUCUACAGCUGGCCCAAGAAUAAGAAUAACAUCCUGCUGCGGCUGCUGAGAGAAGAAGAGUAUGUGGCUCCUCCGCCGGGGCCUCUGCCCACCCUGCAGGUGGUCCCCUUAUGA